CAGUGGGAGGGGCUGGGGACGAGGAGCAGAGGGGGCAAGGUUCUGGGGUGGACCCAAGAUUUCUGGGAGCCCCUGGUAGGGGAUGAGGCCUGGGCGCCUCCUUGUUUUGUGUGUGUGGCGCUGACCAUUUCCACGCUUCAUCCAUUCCCUUAGCAGGCUGGAGUUGCUCCUCUGCUUUCCCCAUUUUAUUUCCAUCCGUCCGGAGACUCUGAGACUUAGGGGCAACAAAACAUAGCCAGGAAUAGGUCCCAGGACUGGCAGCUGCCCGGAUAACUGCAGCGCUAGUGUAAAUCACUGGAGCCCAACGAGUGAGAGUUCAAAGAGGAACGGACUUUGAGUCAAACUAUUUCAAACUCUUGAUUUGUGUUGACACCUUUUAAACUUCAACAGCAUAUUAACAUUUGGGCUGAAGGAAGCUUUAAAGAUACAACACUCUUGUUCUUGGAUCAUGAUGUCUUCUGUUCGCCCUAGAUUCCCAUGCUUUGCUCAAGCCAGACUUGACCUUCUUCCUGCUAUUGUGGAGAUAAACCAUGAGCAGCAAGAAACUGUUUUUUUGUCUCUGGCUGCCUGAGUCCUCUUCUUAGUGUCAUAUUUCUGGGCUGUUCAGCCCAAGAAUCCCAUCUGAUCAGAUGAAGCAAAAUGCAGGACAAUGUAGCACUUUAAAGACUAACAAGAUGGUUUAUUAGAUGAUGAGCUUUCGUGGGCCAGACCCACUUCCUCAGAUCAAAAAACCUGGUCAGAUGUUUAGGGAAAGCAACUGUGAAAGGAACAUGAAUCUGGAUGACAAAAUAUUGGUAUUUUGGGAAGCUUUUCAAGGAGUGCACCAAGCAGUAAGCGCAGGGCCAGCCAGGCUGGUGUGUUGUUGUAGGGAUGUUCACAACCACUGGGCUGACCAGGCUGCUGUGUUCAUCAGCACAAUGCUGGUGAGCUGAGGUAGGAUUGUUCAUGAGUACCUGACUGUCUGUGCUGAUGUGUUGUGGCAGGGCUGUUUGUGAGCAUUGCGUUGGCGUUGCUCAUUUGUUGUGGUGGGAUUGUUUGUGAGCCCUGGGCUAGUUUGUUGUGGUAAGAUUGUGAGCACUGGGCCCAUCUGGCUGGGGUGUUGUGGUAGGGUUGUUCGUGAACGCUGAGCUAUUCCUAUUUCCCAUUAUUAUUUUCUAUUGUGAGGGAGACAUUAAUCUUCUUUUAAAGCCCCCUCCACAUCCCACCCAUCACUCCUAGGCUGCCACCUGCAGGCAACAUCAGGGCCUCCUGCUGCAGUGGUUGAACAGUCAUUAAACCCCCCUCCCUGUGCAUCCUCCAGGCUGAGAGCAGUGAUCCAGGCCCCCCUAUGCCUGCUGCACCACACCUGUCGCCAGGUUCCCUGGAGGCAGCUGCCAAAGAUCCCCGCCCGCGCAGCCAGCUGCAGCCCAGCCCUGCUGUCCUGUGCCCCCUGGCAACCUGGCAUCAUGGCUGCUACUGCGCUUAAGCCCCUCAUUGCGGUGUGCCAGCUCACCUCCACGCCUGACAAGGAGCAGAACUUCACCAGCUGCUCGCGGCUCGUCCGAGAGGCAGCGCAACGUGGGGCUUGCGUUGUCUUCCUCCCUGAGGCCUUCGACUUCAUUGGCAGCAGCAAGCAAGAGACCUUGAGCCUGGCUGAGAGCCUGGAGGGAGAUCUGAUUAUGAGAUACGCCGGCCUGGCCAGGGAGUGUGGGGUGUGGCUGUCUCUGGGUGGUUUCCAUGAGAGAGGUGAGGACUGGGCCAGCACCCAGAGGGUUUAUAACUGCCACCUGCUCCUGGAUGCCACAGGGCACGUCGUGGCCACGUACAGGAAGAUCCACCUUUGCGACGUGGAGCUGCAGGGGCGAGUGUCUAUGAAGGAGAGCAACUUCACCAACCCUGGGCCCGAGAUUGUGCCACCUGUGAGCACCCCUGCUGGGAAGGUCGGCCUUGCCAUCUGCUAUGAUCUGCGAUUCCCGGAAAUCUCUCUGGCGCUAACGCAGAAGGGGGCAGAGAUUCUUACCUACCCAUCAGCCUUCACGGUGACCACAGGCUCUGCCCACUGGGAGGUGCUGCUGCGUGCCCGUGCCAUCGAGACUCAGUGCUACGUGGUGGCGGCGGCUCAGACCGGGAAGAACCACGAACGCCGCACCUCCUACGGCCACGCCAUGGUGGUGGACCCCUGGGGCAGCGUGAUCGCCCAGUGCCAGGAGGGACCAGGCCUGUGCUAUGCGGAGAUCGACCUGGCCUACCUGCACUGCAUCCGCCAGGAGAUGCCAGUCUGCACCCACCGCCGGACCGAUCUGUAUGGCAGGGUCACCGUGCUGAGGGAGCCCCCACUUCCUUGAGGCGCUGCCAGCCUAGCUGUGCUCCAUACGCAGGGAGCAGAGACUCCUCCCAGCAUCACUCCACCCUGGGCAGACCCAGUGACUCAUUUAGUGACGAGAUGGGUUGCUGAGGCUGCUGGAGGUCUCUCCCCACUUGUGCCCUCUGAGGGGCAGCGUGGAACUGCAGCACCAUCUCCUCCUGCCCUAGGGAAGAAGAAAGAUUUCCCAAGAGUGAAAGGAGCAGCUGUGGGCCCCCAGGCAGCUGCCGCCUCACCGAAGCAUUCGCAGGGGGGCUCCAGUAGCUGAGCUGCUUGGGGUGGGGGAACCCCUGCAGCUGCUGGUUAAACCCCAGCUCAGAGCAGCAACACGGUUCUGGAGGAGGCUGGAGCUGAGCUGCUGUCACAUCUGUUCCACCUCAGUAAAUGCUAGAGCUGUAAACUACCUGCUGCCUUGUUACUACCUCCCUGCCCUACGGUCUCCUGCCAGAGUGAGGGGGGUGUGUGAAUUUCCCAGGUAUGGGGAGGGGGAAGGAUGCAGGACAACUGAUGCUCUCCACCCCGCACAGUCCCCCUCUGCUUUGUGUUUAGAAGUGUCUGGGUAGGAAGCUAAGAGGGAAAGGGGUCACACUCAAGGGGAUGGGCCUGGUUUUCUCCAUGCUUCUGCCUCCGUGAGGCCUGGGCUGCUUCACCUUUUGAGUCCGCAGGGUCCAGGAGCAAGGAACCGCUCACUGGUUAUAGCCCCACAAAGCUGCUCCAAGACCAUAGGCAGGUCCCUUUCCCCUCUCGCCCAGGCCCCUACCGCUCUGCAGAAUCUUCAGGGGGAAAAGCUCCAUGUCAGCAUGAGACCAGCAGCCUGGUGAAGGGUUGAGAGCAACUCUCAGCAAUGGAAGUAACAGCUGAGCCAAAGCCCUGGACACCAGUCCCACAGUGGGGCAAGGCAGGGGAACUGGGUCAUCUUUCCGCUGUACCUCUCACUUAUAGGCUCAGUAUCUCCCCACCUCCACAGGCAGGGAAAACUUGCCCUGCCCAAGCAGCAUCUCCCAUCCCUUCUUGGAAGCCCUGCCUUGCACCUAAACUACUGUCCCUCUUGUGUUACUUUCUCCUCCUGGCCUAUGGAAAGCAAGGCCCAAAGACCACCCAGUUAGCAGGAAGCAGACUCCCAGCCCCAGGAAAGGGACGGUCUCUCCAGUAGUUAGAGCAGGGAGCCUGGCUUCUAUUCCCAGCUGGUAGAGACUUCCCCCACCUCUUCUACACGAGCACAGGGUCUGCUGUCUGUUCCGGCCCCCGACAUGAGACCUUAGGGAGGGCACUGCUGUUCUGGCCCUCAGGUUUGUGUUGGUAGAACAGGGCAUCCGUUGGUCUUCCUCCCAGGAGGAGCAUAGGGGUUCAGUCAAAUGCAGCAGGUCCAGCCCUAACUUACCUCAGGUGCAUUAGCUGAGCCAGUGCAAUAAAUCAAUCAGUGCCUGCCCCUCCCCCCAUGGCAGCUACAGGCUGAUAGAGCCUGCAGCAGCUCCGGCUUCACACAAGUCCUAUUUUUUAAUUGAAUGUAAAGACAGAUAACUACAGUCAGCCCAGAGUUAUUUACUCAGAGCAGAAGCAUCUUGGAGCAGGGUUCUGGACCAGCAUCUUGGACCAGGAUUCUGCUGUGAACAUUGCUAAUGAACAGAUACUGGAGGUUCCUGAGGUAAGGAGGGCAGCUCUCACCUAGGGCAGUUUUUCCCAGCUGGAGCUGGCUGCAGACUCAGGCAGACAUCCCUGCCUCGGGCUUUCUGGUUCUGGGGCGGAAUUCGUCAGCAAAGAGGACGAUUCUUUAGCCAUGCAACCCCCAGAAAGAACCCUGAUGGCUCCUGGCACCUUUUCCCCAGCACAGUGUCUUUAACUGCAGUGCAGAUGUGACAAUAUGGAGGAUCACACCUUCACAAAACCCAAAAGCAGGCCCGAGCUGAGGCCAGCUGGAUACAGUUAACAAUGCUCUGAGCCUUGGCAGAGCCUGGCCAGUUAGGAUUUUGAAAACAAGAUGAAAAAAUGCUACAGGUCCCCCCUGAAGGAAACAGGAAGAGGCCAGAUAGCGCACACCAAAACAAAACAUCCCAACCAGCUGGAAAGGAACAGAAGUGACCCUCCUCAGCAGGUGGGUCUGGACCUGCAUACAAAGCAGUUAAGGAGGCAGACGCGAUGCAGUAGAUGUUUAUUUCAAGAAAACUGAAAGCUACAUGGGGAUUAUGACGUAUAUUGGAAAUUUAAAAAAUACAGAAGA